AUGCGGUGGUCAGUCUUCUCCGUUGUGUCGCUUCUGGCUCCUCUACUACAAGCUAGCCCUGUUCGCGAUGUGCAGGCUAAUGCCGAGGCUUCUGUUACUGCCACAGCAUCAUCAGGAUUGCCUAGACUUGUUGUCUAUUUCCAGACCACACAUGACCAGCGCGGUAACCCAAUCUCCAUGCUUCCUCUCAUCAAUGAGAAGGGAAUAGCACUGACUCAUCUCAUUGUCUGCUCUCUUCAUAUAAACAAGGACUCAGAGAUUCACUUGAAUGACUACCCCCCCGGUGACCCUCACUUUUAUACACUGUGGAAUGAGACGGCGCAUAUGAAGACAGCCGGUGUGACAGUCAUGGGAAUGGUUGGAGGGGCCGCGUCCGGCUCCUUCGACUCGUCAACUCUCGAUGGAGACACUGCGACCUUUGAGAAGUACUACGGUCAACUCCAGGAUGUCAUCACCAAAUUUGGUCUACAAGGCAUGGACCUGGAUGUCGAACAGCCAAUGACUCAGUUUGGCAUUUCAAGACUCAUCACCCGACUGCGCAAAGAUUUCGGUCCCGGCUUCAUCAUCACGCUAGCACCAGUCGCAUCUGCACUGAGAAAUGGCGCAAAUCUCAGCGGAUUUGACUACAAAACUCUCGAAUCUACUAACGGCCGUGAUAUCUCCUUCUACAAUGGUCAGUUCUACAGCGGAUUCGGCACCAUGGCACGCACCGAUGACUACGUGAAGAUUGUGUCCAGUGGCUUUGUGGCGUCGAAAGUGGUCGCUGGCCAGCUUACUUCUUCUGACAAUGGAUAUGGUUACAUCCCAUAUAGUCAACUGAACACCACUAUCAUCUCUCUUCGCAACAAAUACGGGCAAAUCGGCGGAGUGAUGGGCUGGGAGUACUUCAAUAGCGAGCCCGGUGGCACCCAAGAGCCCUGGAGGUGGGCACAAGUUAUGACCGAAAUUCUCCGCCCCAAUUCCGUUCCCGACUUGAAGAUCACAAUGAACGAUGCGGACUAUCUCACGAAUGUAUAUGACCGCACUGUCGGUGAGCUCUCGCCCAACGCCCGGCCAGGAACCCGAGCGAUUGACUACUACGCCAUGGUGAACGCGUGA